AAGAACGUCCAUCCAUGGCUUUCCGGGGGCGCUCGACCCGUGUAUAUAUGGCCGGGCACGCCGCGUCGAUCAGGCUCUGCUCUCCAUCUCCACCUGGUCGAUCAACUUUGAUAGCUGCGUUCCGUCCGUGUGCUUUGAUCAGUCGUGUAGCGCGGCCAUGUUCCACGGCGGUAGCGGCGGCGGCGGCGUGGGGAGGACCUGCAUGUCGCUCCCGCUCGGCAAGUACCUCCGCCGCGCGCUGCGCGGCAGCGGCGGCCGGGGCAAGCCUCGCCUCAAGGACAAGGAGUACAUGAGGCAGCGGUCGCUGUCGUCGUUGUCGUCGGUGGAGCUCAACCUCAACCUCGUCACCAGCUCAACCUCCUCGUCAUCAACCGCGCCGGCGUCCUGGUCGGCGGGGUCGCCGUCGGUGGUGCGCGUGGUGCUCUGGAGCGGCCUCGUGGAGGUGUACACGGGCGUGGUGCUCGCCUGCACGGUCAUCCGGCGCCACCCGCCGGGCCUCUGCCUCGCGCACACCGACGUCUUCCGCAACCCGCACCGCGCCACGCUCAGGCCGCUGGAGCCGCUGUUCCCGGGCCAGAAGUUCUUCCUCCUGCCGGAGACCACCGUGCGCAAGCUCCAGCGCGACAUCCCCCUCGACGUCCCGUUUCCCGACAAGCACAUCCGUGGCGCCGCCGAGGAGGAAGAGGUGGCCGGCGAGGCGGUGGCCAGGGCGGCGCCGGAGAGGUGCUGCGCGAACGACUUCUACGUGAACAGGGAGAGGUGGGCCGAGUCGCAGUUCAAGAGCAUGGUUGAGCACGGGCUCGCCGCCGACCAGUCGUCGUCGUCGUCGCGGUGGAGCGCAGCCGAUAAGAGGAACAUUAGGAGGAUGAUGAAGACGAAGUCACCUCGGAGGGACCUGCUGGGCAGCGGCGCCAUGCCGCUGCCGCUCACGUCGAGGGCGUGGGAGCCCAGCCUGCCGGCCGUGCAGGAGGAGGCAGCGCCGUCGUCGCCUGAGCUCCACACCGCCACCACCUCACCGGCGCUAGACCAGGCCACCAGGACCGAUGGCGAGUCGUCGUCGUGAUCUAGCUGCCGCGUACAUUCGUCACUGGUCCUGACGACUGCUUGAGAUCGGUAAUUGUACAUCGCGUGUGAUGAGAAAUAGUUUUGCUUUGCUGAUGCCAUGUCGAGAUAAUUGUAAAUCGUGUGCCAUGGUUGUGAUCGUCACAAUGUUUCCUGGAGCAGCUUAAGCUGAACUGUGUGUGGGUG